AUGGGGAGAAAGGCAUUACUGGCUGUUUUUUGCUGGCUGGCGUUAAGUGAAGUAUCUUCAAAAGCCGUGCAGACAACUUCUGGUGUUACAGACAAUAUCAGUGAUGAAAGUGCUCCUCGACUUUAUAGAAACGUGCCUGUAGGUGUUUAUGCGAGUGCUCUACCUUACGCGGCUUAUUCAUUUAAUGUUCCAACGUUCGUAGCGCCGAAAAACACUCAAUUAAUACCAAUUAAAGAAGAAAACGUUAUAGUGCAAAAUUCAAAUGGAUUUCUAAAAGACUCAUAUGGUCAGCGGUUCGUUGAAAGCCCACAGACAGUAGCGUACAAGACUACGUUCCCUCAACAAUUUGUGCAGCUGCAGAAUCUUCCAGCACAUCUAAGUCAACCGUUACUCGCAGCACCAUCUUCAUUCCAGUAUGGACAAGCUCCACAUUUCUUUGGGCAAACUCAAUUUAGAAUACCAAAUAUUCAAACUUUGGCACCAACUCAUAUAAACCAAUUUUCUGCCCAACCAUUGGUGUAUGCAAACAAUGUGAGAAAUCUCGCACCAACUGCUUCAUUUACCUCAUAUAUUAAUGGAAAUCCUACUGUUCAGCAACAGUCUACAAGCAAUAAGAAUGUAUAUGCAAACACAUUCACUACUGAACAAUUUAAUAAGUUGAAGAAUGAACCAAAAUUCCAGAAAGUUCAAGAAGAACCUAAAAUUUCGUCUGGUACUAAUAAUAAUAAUAACAAUAAUAAUGAUAAACCAACCCAAUCACAGAUAGCACAAGCUAACAAAUUGCAGUUAGUUCAAGUACCAAAAGAAACAAGUAUAACGACCGUAUCAAAUGGAAAAAAAACUGUUGUUAAUCUAAUAACUAAGCCGCCGCUCCCUUUGUUAGAUUUAACUUUAUUAGAACCUUUGACUUUUAAAAAUCCUUUAGUGCCUCAAGUUCAACACUUCUUACCAAGAAUAAAUCAAGCUACUUACAAAAGGUUACCAGAAAUUAAUGAGGUUAAAAAACACCAGAUGGAAUUUGUUGUACAAAAUACCAAAUCAUAUGAUAGUGGAUUGUUAAAAAAUAAGCCCAAAGCCGAAUCACCGAAAAAGAAGCAUAAGAAGCAGUCCUCUCAAAAUGAAGGAAAAAAUGAAGAAGAAGCGCCACCAAAUAAUCAACAGCACGGAGUUUCUGAUGACAAUCCAGGAAUUUCCUAUGAAAAUAAUUCACCUACUUACAAAGAGACAAUUACAGAACACAAAAUGAGUUACAAUAAGGAAACACAAUCUGAACCUGUAAGUAUUAGUUAUGAAAAACAAACUCAAAAAGAACCUGUCCACUAUUCCUACGAACAACAUACUGAAAAGGAGCCGAUACAUUAUAGUUACUCUCAUAGUUCAAAAGAACCGGCACAAAUUCAGCAAAUAUACUAUGAAAGUAACGAUGAUACUCCAAAAAACCUUAUUUAUCAUUUCAAACCUGAAGAAAAAAAAGAAGAUCAAGGGCAUCGUCAAUCUACCCCGUCUCAAAACGAGUCAGAAGAAUCUUCUGACGUAUCUUCCGAAGAGUCGGAUAGAGAAAGACAUCAACGCCAUGAAGAGCAGAAAACUAAAAAUCAAGAACAUCAACGUAAUGUAGGAAAGACAGCUUAUAUUCGGCCCGAACACAGAGAACAAGUCCAUUAUCAUUUUUUAAACAAUGCUCCAGGAGAAUUCCGCCAAGACUCAUCACAACCACGUAAGCCACCCGUGCAAUAUGUAGAAAAAUUUUUGCAGCCCCUAGCUGAAUAUGAAGAAGAUAUAACUAUUUUACCCAAACACAAACCACAUGCCGAACAAAAUCAUCAUGAUCAAAAUUAUCGUGUGCAUAUAAAUCAUGCACUUCCAUCGCAAAAGAAGAACCAACGUCAUUAUGAGUACCCACAAAACUACUAUUCGUCAGAACCUAUUGUGCAUGAAAAAUCUAAACGUAUUAUUGUUAAAGAGGGGAGCACUUCUGAAAUUGACAAACCCAAUGAUGAGUUAAUGGCAGAAAUGGUGAAAAAACAAGAAGAAAGCGAAGAAGAUUUUGAAAAAGCAUACAAAGACGCUGCCUACGGUUUUCCAGGAUACGAUACACCAUCUAUCGAUAUUGAAAAAGAAAUUUACAACCCAGAAGCAUAUGGGGCAUCUCGGUAUCAUCAUGAUUAUGACGUAGAUAAGUCUCCACUGCGCCAAUAUGAAGCGGACGGCGAUGAAUACCCAUCUUUCACACGAGCUCAAUACAAAGAUGCUCGAGACAAACAGACUGAUGAUUAUUAUUUAGACUACGCAGUGAGCAGGCCCGAAAGUCUCAGAGAAAGACAUAAGAAAAAGGAAAAUUAUUAUGAAUUGUAUAAAAAUCAAAAACCCGAAAUAUAUUUUGGUAAUGAGGACAAGGAACAAAAACGUGCGAAGUAUACGGCAGCGCUUUCAUCCGCUCACUUUGGUAAACCGCAGCAAAAACAGCAGUCCAAAUAUAGGGUACCACAGUUUGAGGAAUACAAUUACAAUAAGGAGGCUCCACAAGAUAAUUCAUCCUUUUCAUCGCGACCGUAUCAAAGGUACAAAAGCAAUACACAAUUUGUCGAACCGCAAUUUCAAUAUGGCUUCGAACCAUUGUCAUCACCCCGAUUACUAGACAGCGAACUUGCAGCGAUGGCUAGCAAUAAUAAUCCAAAGACUGAAAAGCUCAGUAACAAAAAAAAGCUUUAUAAAGAAAGUUGGUACAUUAAAAAAUCAAGUAAAUCUGGAAAGUCAGGCAGC